UCUUGAUUUUUUUUUCCUUUGAUACAGGCGUCCACAUAUCAAUCAGGACAAUGGAUGUGGCUAAUGUGUCAACUGUUUCUGAAUUUGUUUUGCUGGGACUAUCUAAUUCCUGGGAGCUCCGGAUGUUUUCCUUCAUAGUAUUCUCAAUGUUUUAUGUGGCAACAAUGGUGGGUAAUAGCCUCAUAGUCAUCACAGUUAUAGCCAACUCUCACCUACACUCUCCUAUGUAUUUCCUGCUUACCAAUCUUUCCAUCAUUGACAUGUCUCUUGCUUCCUUUGCCACCCCUAAGAUGAUUACAGACUACCUCACUGGACACAGAACCAUCUCCUUUGAUGGUUGCAUCACCCAGAUAUUUUUUCUACACCUAUUUACUGGGACUGAGAUCAUUUUACUUAUGGCUAUGUCCUUUGAUAGGUAUAUUGCAAUAUGCAAGCCUCUCCGCUACACUUCAAUCAUAAGUCCCCGAGUGUGUGCUGCUCUUGUGGUGGCUUCCUGGGUUGUGGGAGUCAUGCAUUCAAUGAGCCAGGUCAUAUUUGCUCUCGCAUUACCAUUCUGUGGUCCCAAUGAAGUAGACAGCUUUUUCUGCGACCUUCCUGUGGUAUUCCAGCUGGCUUGUGUGGAUACUUAUGUCCUGGGUCUCUUUAUGAUCUCAACAAGUGGUAUAAUCGCCUUGUCCUGCUUUAUUCUUUUAUUCAGUUCUUAUGUUGUUGUCCUGGUUAGUAUCAAGCAUCAUGCUUCGAGAGGAUCGUCUAAGGCUCUUUCUACCUGCACAGCUCAUUUCAUUGUUGUCUUCAUGUUCUUUGGGCCAUGCAUCUUCAUCUAUAUGUGGCCACUCAGCAGUUUUCUGGUAGACAAGAUCCUGUCUGUGUUUUAUACCAUCUUUACUCCCAUUCUGAACCCAGUAAUCUAUACCUUGAGGAAUCAAGAAGUGAAGACAGCCAUGAGGAAACUGAAGAAAAGGAUUUUAAAUUCCAACAAGGCAACUCCUUCACAUUAUUUAUAGUUAUACCUUCUAGUUAUAGAUAACUUCUAGCUUUAACUUCCUAGGCAUUAAGUGCCACAGGUUUUGUGUACACAGCACUGGUUUCAGUGCUGUGCUAGGAUCUUAUUUCUGGAGUUCUUACCACAUUGUAAUUGCCAAAAUUUGUGAGGGAACAGAUAAUUUCACAUUAAAACUAGUCUCAGGCAUAUGUUUAAAAUAGAUUUUAAAUUUCAGAAAAGCAAGCUGGCAGAAACAAUUUUGUCCCGGGAAAAAAGAAGAUCUAUAAGAAUGCCAAGAACGACUGCCCCAGUUAGGAAAUUCAAUAUUAGUAUUCCAUUCAUUGGAAAAGAGGAAUGAAAAAUGAGAAGAGAAAGUAUAGAUUAAGCAGAACUGGAGAUAAUGACAGUUACAUACAACUAGCAGCUGAGUUACUCGGAAAGUUGUCCCUGAAGUAUGACAAAUUAGCAAGAUUGCUAUAAACCUUAGAAACUCCCUACUGCUGUAGGAGUAGCUCUGACAGCUAGACAAUGAUUUUCUACAUGUAUCUCUGAGUCAUUCGUACUUAACAUUUAAACCAAUUUGUGAUCUCUUCUAUUAAAGAAAACCCUGGAUGUACUUCAUACAAGUGUUGAUGAGGUCCAAAGAGAAUGCUGUAAGUAGAGGAGUCUCCACCAGUCGCUUUGGCUAAUAAGCAAAGAAAUACAGCCAUGAUAACCCCUUCUGAUAAUGCAAAGUGAAUAAAGAGGCUGGGGAAGUCUGCAAAUCAGAAAGCGUUAUGAAGUAAACUUCAAAGCAGUAUACUUUGUUUCAUAGAGAUACUAUGUCAGCUUAAUGCCUGGAAUGUUAAAACUAGAAUUAAAUUAGGAAAUACAGUUAAUGACAAGUGAAUUUGUGGCAAGCCUAUGCUUUCAUUUCAAAGUAUUCUAUUGCUUCACACUUUGGUUAAAUUACUUUUUCCUUUUAAUAUUUGGAUGCAAAAAUAAGAAAUGUGUGCUUAGUAAUACACUGUCAAUGUAAUGUGUGUUUCUGUAUACAAAUAAGUAUUUUUACAGUUUUAAGUAAGAAUGCUAGGUUCAAAAUUACCUUUAAGUUACACAAGGUAUCACCACCACCUACUGGUAGUACAGGAAUUGCAAGCAUUCAAGAUCAUGUAUAAUCAUUCUCCUGGGUGCUUUGCUUUGCCAAUCUUCUUCUUUAAAUCAUGGCAAACAUUAAAGAAGUAACUAUUAUUUGGAAUUUACUAAAUGAUUUUUAUGAAAUAUAGUGUCCAGUAUAGCAUCCGACUUGUAUCCACGAGAGGAAAGAUCUAUUGCAACCACAGUAUUUGAUAAAUAUCAAGUUGUUAUUCU